AUGAGUUUCGAUCCGCUUCGCCCUCGGGGCCGGCCAGCCCACACCCCGGGAACGACGGUACUGACAUAUACCCCCGACGGACGACGCGUUAUCACUGGUGGCUCAAACUCGGCCAUUCGCAUCUACACGGUCGAUCAGGAUGGAGAACCCAAGACGGUGGAUGGGAGCAUUGACGGGCAUUUCGCAAUCGGUGCUACGAAUGAAAUACUUCUUCUGGGCGCUGAAGAUGGAACUGUCUGGUCCUACGAUGCUGUCUCGGGGAAGAUGGGAGGCCUGCUUGUCCGAUGCGCUUUGCCCGUGAGAGACAUUGCGGUGUCUCGCGAUGGCGUGUGGGUUGCGGUUGCAAGCGAUGAACUAACGGUCAAGAUCGUCAAAAUCGAGGACAUGACCCAGGUGAAAUACCUGCGGGAACAAGGAAAGGGAACAAAGCACGUCACUUUCGACCCUAACGCGCGCUAUGUGACCGUAUCUGGGACAGACGGCAUUCUUUAUGUCUAUUCCUUGACAAACGACGAGCCGGAGGUGGUCCGCAAACUCGAUGGGGUGAUUCGAAAGCUCGAGCCAGAUGCUGAAGCCACAGCUAAAGCUGUCUGGCACCCAGACGGUACCGCAUUUGCCGUUGCAGAGGCCACCAGGGAUAUUUCGAUCUAUUCGAUCUCGGACUGGAAGAAGGAGAAGACCUUUGCUGGCGGCCACAGUGGGGAUAUCACAUCGCUCAGCUGGGCGCCCAAUGGAACCUUACUCGCAUCUGCAGGAGCCGAUGGACGGAUUGUGCUCUGGGAAACGAAAACGCAGAAAAUUAUCCAGCGCUAUGACUUUGGAAAUGUGCUUAAUCUCGCCUGGCACCCGACCAAAAACUCUCUUUCGUUUACUACCUCGGAUGGUGAAUUGUUCAUCUACGACAACUUUGUUCCCAAGGACUACGAGUCCCAACUGCAGAAGCCCCUGCAGGCUGCUCCGAUAUUCCCAGGCCCUUUGACUGAGAUUUCGAAUAAUGUGCCACGAACACUGGCGGAGCGCUCCAAAGAGGCAUUCCAAAGGCCCACACGGAUCGGCUCGCCCGACUCACUUGAUGAUAUCCUGGGCGAUGACGAGGAGAUGCGUGAUUUCGUCGACGACGAUGAUGGAGCGGGAUAUGCAGAGGAGAUCAACUUGUACGGCAAACGACCAAAUGAUUAUCUGGACGAUCUAGAUGCGCCCGACAACAAACGUGUUUACUCAGCCUCCUUGCAACCCAAGGCCCAUCCACCACUUCAGCCUGGCAGUACGCCGUGGGCUGGCAACAGACGAUAUUUGUGCCUGAACCUGACGGGUGCUGUCUGGACUGUGGAUCAAGAAACACACCACACGGUGACUGUAGAGUUCUAUGAUCGAGAGCUGCACCGGGACUUCCAUUUCACCGACCCAUAUCAAUAUGACAAAGCGUGUCUUAAUGAGAACGGCACACUUUUCGCCAACAACCCUUCUGAUGGUAGUCCUGCCACAAUCUUCUACCGGCCACAUGAGACAUGGACCGCGCGAGCAGACUGGCGGACACAACUGCCCAAGGGAGAGAUGGUUCGAGCUUUGGCUCUGAGUGAGUCUUAUAUUGUUGCAGUGACAACGAAGGACUAUGUGCGCGUAUAUACUCUUUUUGGCACUCCAUUCCGAGUGUACCGACAGAAGAGUCAAGCGGUGACCUGCGCUGCUUGGCGAGACUACAUUAUGACCAUCGGAAACGGACCUGUUGGAGCGGAUGGUCGACAUGCAACCUUGCAAUACACCGUUGAGAAUGUCAAGCGUGACGAGAUCUGUCAAAAUGAGGAUGUAGUUGCGCUGCCCACGGGAGCACAGCUACAGAGUGUCUUCUUCUCUGACACAGGAGAUCCUUGCAUUUACGACUCGACCGGUGUCUUGGUAGUGCUGCAGCAUUGGCGCACACCCGGGCAAGCCCGAUGGGUGCCUCUCCUAGACACAAAGCAGCUCUCCCGACUUGCAGGCGGCCGCAAAGAAGAAGCAUACUGGCCCGUUGCCGUCGCGCAAGAGAAAUUCCAUUGUAUCAUUCUCAAGGGUGGUGACAAAAACCCGUACUUUCCACGACCGCUGCUCAGCGAAUUCGACUUUGAGGUCCCUGUCUCCAGCAAUCCGCCCAAAGAUCCUAGCGAUGAAUCUGAGGGUGCAGGUAACGAGGGCUCACAGUUCGAGGAGUCUUUCGUGCGUGGUAACAUUCUUCUCUCGCUCUUCCGAGACCUCAUAUCCUCUACGAAUGCCACGGCUAGUCAACGUGCCGAGCUGGCGCGUAAGGAACUGGAGCUUGACAAGACUCUUCUUCAGAUGCUGGCCAUCGAAUGUAGAGAAGGUGAAGAGCGUGGUAUGAAGGCACUUGAACUGGUGAGUAUGAUGAAUGAUCGCAACGGCAAGAUGACGGAGGCAGCUGCCAAGGUCGCACAGCGCUAUGGCAGAGGCGUCCUGGAAGACAAGAUCCGCGACAUGGCAGAGCGACGCAUAAUGGGCAUGGGCGAUGACGAUGAAUUGGCUUGA